AUGAGGCGCAGAGCUCCUGUGGCCCGCAAGUGCCUCCAGGCCCAGUGCUUCGACCAGCUGGUGCGCGACUGCGUGGCCUGCGAGCUGCUGAGCACACACGAGCCGGCCCCGGCCCCGGCCUCGCCUCCCUUCCACCUGCCCAGACCCCGGACCGCGUUGCCACCGUUGGGCCCGGGGCUGCCAGGCCCCACGCUGCUCCUGGGAGUUCCCGUGGCCCUGGGCCUGGCCCUGGCGCUACUGCUGGUGGCCUUGGCGGCCUGGUGGCGCAGGUUGGGCCCUGUGGCGCCUCCCACUGCCCGUGACACGGAGCCAGAGGAGCCCUUGGACAGUGUGAUCGUCCUGCCCCCCGAAGUUCCUGAGGUCACAGAUCCGGCCUGGUCCCCACCCUCAGAGGACCCGGACACCCUGGCCCCUGCCCACAGCGUCCCUGUGCCCGCCAUAGAGCUGGGCUCCACAGAGCUGGUGACCACCAAGACAACAGGGCCUGAGCCAAAGUAG